AUGGCGCAGUCGUUCGACUCGCUUUUCUGGGCUUCGCACGCUUCUUUUCAUAGAAGACUACAGGAUGGAAAUUAUUCAAAAUCAGCGCUUGAUGAUCACUUUGAUUGGCUUCUCUAUGGGACGCAAAAGUUCAAGCCGUGCAAUGAGUCCUCCCGAAAGCAGAUUCUUGAAAAGCUCCAGCUGGAGUUUAAGGGAAAGACAUUCAGCUACUAUGCAAGGUUACGUCCGCUGGCGCUCAGGGCAGCAAGGCUGCUGGACUUGGAUGAGGUCCAGGCCAUGCUGCUGCUUAAGCGCUGGCUGAAGGACAACCCCGACGUCAAGCUGGAUGAUCUGUCGGAGAAUGACCCAGCGGCCUUGAAUGACUCUAUCCUUCAGGUUCUGCGAUACUACAACUCGGAGCGCAUCUUGCUUCUCAAAUGCAUCCAGGUGGUUAUGCUCAAAGCGGGUGAAACGGACGAGGCUGGUGGCGCCCUAUCGGACCUUCUAGACCGCCUAAUAAAAUCCAAUAUCGAGGAGCAGCUGCAUGCCAGGCUUCGAGAGAACUUGGAGAACGGCGCAGCCGCCAUCACCCGCCGUCUAAAGGCCGGCGACGUGGCCGCAUGCGCGCCCGCCGCUGCGGCCGCCACGGGCACUGCAGGCGCCGUGUCAACCACCACCGUCGGCUUUGUCGGUACCGCUGCGAGUCUUAGCUGGCUUUCCGCAGCAAGCGGCGAGAUGCGGUCGCAGCUGGUUUCAGAGCGGUUGGAGCUGCUCAACUGCCUGCUGCUGUUGUACGAGGUGUGCGACAUAGCCUGCAAACCCGAGCGCGCGCAGGCGCUGGCGCGUCUGCUACUGGACAGGGUCUUUCUGUCGGCGCAGACCGGCGGUGCUCAGAAUGGAGCCGGCGGCUCGGGUUCGUCGGCAGCUGAGCACGGCAUCCGUGCUGGCGGUGGCGCCGACACGGUAACGCUUCUGAGCCAGCAGCUCGCGGCACUUCUCCUCAUGAGCUGUGUGGACCUGCCGGGACACGUUCGCCUGGCGGCGGCGCCGACGGCGGCCGGCGCCGGUGCGGCCGAUGCUACGCUGCCGCUGGGCGGCAAGACCAUGGGCGUACACAACCAGAUCAGCCAGUACGCAGCCACGCCAGCCACAGCGCUGUUGCUGCUUACUUGGGCGGGCUGUCUGCGGCUGCUAGACGUCAGCGGCGGCGGACACAUGAUUCGCGACCUCGACGGCGCCACGCGUGAGCUUGAUGGCCGCGUCGCCGCCGUCGGCGGUCUCACCACCGCCGUUGCGGCGCUGACGGCGCUGUGCGGUGGCGCCGUCGGCGCGCUGUUGCUUGUGUACCGCAGCGUCGCCACCAAGGCGCUGUGCGUGCUUUGCACUGCCUUUGACCUUGGAGCUGACAAUGUGGAUCCAGCAAUGUAUGAGGCGGUAGUUGCGCUGGUCAAGCUGUGUAUGGAAGGCGACGCCCGUGCCUGCGCCGCUCUGUGGGAUGAGUCGCAGCCGGCCACGGCGCCCCUGCGCUCGCUGCUGGCCUCUGCAGCGCGGCUCUUCCCGGCCGUGCCGCACCAUUUGCUGCGGCUGCUACGGCUGACGGCAGCCUCACCGGACACGGCGCGUGCGGCGUACGCUUUCCUGCAGCGUUCCGUGUCGUUGGUAGUGCUGCACAGCGCGAGUGAACCAGCCAUCCGGCAUCUUGGCGGUGGGGAGGUGGAGCUUACUUCGGAGCUGCCCUGGAAUUUGGCGCCCAAUGUGCCAGGGCUGGUGCUUUCGCAGGGCUUCAUGGGCACACUGACUCCCCUGCCGGCGGCGUUGUCGGAGCUGCGGGGCCGCUACGUCCUGGUUUCUUGGGACGCGGAGAUCAGUGGCGGGAGCUACGGACAGGUGCUGCUUCUGGGCCGUGCCUGCCACUGCGUGGCCACGCUGGAGCACGCUCUGCUACACAACCUGCCGCUGGAGCGUUCAGAUCCGACACUGUUGCGUGACUUGUCCGACACGCUGUCCCUGUUGGCGAGCCUUUGCUCCUUGGAGCCUUCCCUUUUGGCGGACCUAAUAACGCAAUCGGUAAGGCUGAGCUCCGGAACCCAGCGCUUCUGGAUUGAUGUCGUGGCCGGCGUGCUGGCCAUCGGGCCGCAGCUGGCUGCGAGUCUUGCGUCGACGGCAGCGCAAGCUGCUGACCCGGCGGCCGCUACUGCGGCGACGGCGGCAGCAGCUCCGUUGCCGCCACCGCUGCAGCUAUUGGCGGAUGCUGCGGAGUUGCUAGGGGCGGUGGCGGCGCGUUCGCCGGGAAAGGUGUUGACGCUGUUGCCGCAGCUGCAGCUGUUGGCGUCACCUGGAGGAGACCUUCUGGCGGGGCUGCCGCCGGCGGUGCCACUGAUCGCGCUGCUGUCGUUCACGGUGCCGUCGUGCAUCGACUCCUUCUGCGGGCUGCUGCCGGCACUGUCGGCGUUGCAACAUAACCUUGAACGACCCAUGGGUCGUUACCCUCUCACCACUGCGUUGUUGUCGCUGCUGGCCCUGCUGUUGGAGCGAGGCUUCAUAGCGACACCGCUUCCCGUAGCAGCGCUGUUCGUAUUGUACGAAAUGUUGCCCAACCUCCAUCACUGGCGCUACGUGAGCGCCAAAGAGCGGUGGGCAGUGACCCGCGGGUCAUUACGCGUCGUGCGUCUUGCCCUGACUGCUGGGGCCUACGUGUCCGAUCCGGACAUUUCGGCACUGGCGGCGCCGCCACCGCCGAAGGUGGCAAUCACGAUACCUGGCCGCGAUGGCAGCACCAGCGGCACCACGUUGCUGCUGACGUACGGCGGGACUGGCGCCGGCCAUGCAGCGCUGAGCUCAGCGGCCACUAGUCCGGAGGAGUUGGGCUCUGCUUCUCUGUCUCCUGAUGAUAUUAUGCGGGCGGCGGCGCCGAGGCUGCAUGUGUCGGUGCUAUCAGCGGCGCUGCUGAAGCUUUUAUUGCUGCACGGCGGUGUGCUGCUCGCUCGCUGCCUGCCGCCGCCCGCGGAUGUGCUGGAGCGCCUACGAGGAGACGACCCGUCCCGGCCCGAGCUGCCCCUCUUGGAGGAAUGUGCUGGGGAGGUGGUGCAGCUUAUCCCGCCGCUGCUGGCGGCGGCGGGCGUACACCCGCAGGAGCAGCCCUUUGAGGAGUUUCUGUUUUCGGGUCAGGAUCCGACGCCCGCAUCGCACGUGGCGUCCUACAUUGCUUACCACGAGGCGGACCGGGACAUAACCCCGGCUGAGCACCAGAUCAGCUACCGCGCCCUGCGCGCCUUGCUCUCCAUCGCCGCCUGCGUGGCGCGUCCCGUCUCCCGUUCCCUGCCCGCCGUCACGCUGGCGCUUGCCAUACCCAGCGGCAGUCCCGCGGAAGCCUGCCUACGAGCGCUACUGCGUGGCGACGCCGCCGCCAGGCACCCCCAGCACCACGCCCUCUCCGCCCAACUGGCAGCUGAGGCAGUGGCUCAUCAUGCGGAGCUUCUAGACGCCCUGCUUUUCCCGUCAGAGUUAGAGGAGGAGCAGCAGAGGCAUCGCGCAAGGGGUGGCGGUGGCAGCAGCGGCGGCGGCGGGCCGCCGCCGCUGGCGCUACCGGCACCAGACGGAACUGGGACUGUUGCGGCGGCAGGGGCUGUGGCGGUGCGCAGGGGUCCGCGGACGUCACGCCAGGCACUGGACGGGCUGUAUGCGACGCUGCAGCAGGCGGCAAAGCUGAAGCAGGAGCAACCGGAGGUCCUCGCCUCCUCGCUGCGUGUCCUGGCGGCCAUGUGGCGCCAGCCCGCAGCCGCGCACCGGGCCGUAUCCGUGCUGCGCGCCGCGCCGGCCUUGUGGAGCAGCUUGGAAGCCUGUCUGGAGCCGGUGCCGGCAGCUGCCGAGGCCGCUCCAGCUCAUCGGGCCUUAUGCGAGGCCUUUGCGCUGCAGAUCCUGACAGCAGAGGCCUUCGCUCGGGCGCGGAUCCCGGCCGCGGCGGCGGCUACUGGGGGCGGCGGCCCCGGCAGUGAAGUUCAGGCAGUACUGGAUCGGCUGGUGCGUGGCGGCGGGCUGCUGCGGCUGCUGCGUGGUGCGGUUUCGGAGUCUGGCGGAGGCGGUGGGGCUGGGGCAGCGGCUGCCACUGUCGCCGCCGCGAUGGGCGUUGGGGUGGUUUCGGGGCUGUGGGCCACUGUGGCGGUCGGUUCUGAGCCGGAGCCGGAUGCGGUGUCCCUCGGGCCCGCGGUGCGAGAGGAGCUCUCCGGUAUUCGGUCCCUUUUGCUCCAGGGGGCCGUCACCACAGAGGACAUCCGGGCAGCGCACGACGACCUCCAGGUGGCGGCACUUCACCAGCCGCAUCUACAACAAGAGCAGCAGCAGCAGCAACAAUCAACCCACGGUUCACCCACGGGCACUCAUCAGCAAUCCCCGGGAGGCGACAUCAACAUGCUGCAGCUGCCGCCCACACACCCGCUGGCGCAGUUGCUGCAGCGGCAGUGCCUGGGGGCGGCGCUUGUGAGCAGGUGUCAUGUGGCCACUACGGACCUGGCCCAGCUGCCCGGUGGCCCCGAGCCUCCGGUGCCGGGUACCGACGACUAUAUGCUGAGUAGGUCCCGACUGGUGGCGCUGCUGGGGCCCGCGGCGGGGUCGCUCAACUCUUCAGAUCUGCUGACGGCGGCGCUGGGAGACGUCAACAGGACGUCCUCGCUCGGUGAGGCGCUGCUCGCCCAGCUGCAAGCCGCCUGCAUGCUGACAUCCGUACUGGCACAAGAUGGCAAAUUGCUUAAGGCUACCAGCGGCAGCAGCAGCGGAGCCGCCACCACUGCCGCUGCGCUCCUUGAUCCACCAGCGCGAGCUCGCGAGCCCGCCACCCCCGGCGACGCCGGCCCGUCGACGAGUACGGCUCCGGCGGCGGCAGCCGGCGGCGGCGGCGGCGGCCUGCUGACGGUGGUGCAGUCGGCCUGUUGGGCGGCCAUCAGCGGGCUUCUGACCUGGUGUGACUGCCGGGACAGCCGUGCUACGCUGCAACCGGACUGGGGCCUGCGGCGUCUGCACGCGCUGCACAUCGCCGCUGCCCUGUCAGCCGCGCGGCUGCUGUUGUCCGUGCUGCAGAGUGUACGGCCGGUGCUGACAGCUCCGUCAUCAGCACCGGCCGCCGCCGCCGGCUCCGGCGGUGCCGUCUCCACACCUGCACGCACCCCCAUAGGGCUGGGCAGCGUCUUAGGGACCCCCAUCGCCGUUACUCCUGUGGCCACUGGUCCCCGGGGGAGCAGGCAGGGCGCCGGCGGCGGCAGCAGCACCGCCGCCGCCGCCGCCGGAGAUGGUGGUGGCGGUGUCGCCGCCGAUCCGGCGUACUUGCCGUUUGUGGUGUCUUUGGCAAGGCAGCUAGCGGCGUGGGUGCGCGCGUUAGUGACGUCUGGGCUGCCGCAGUGUCCGCCGGCAGCGGCGGCGCAGAUUACAGAUGGCCUGGCAGGCGCGCUGCUGCUGGCGCUACGGCCGCUUCUGCCGGAGUCCGCGGUGGCGGUUUCGGAGCUGCAGCUGCUGCAGGCGGGGGACCGACAGCAGCUGGCUGCAUCACUUCUGUCCACCAUUCCGCAGCUGUGCGAUUUGGCCGCCAGCGGCUGCAUAUCCACCUCCUUGGCGGCACAGCUGCUACUGGAGAGCACCCGCCACCUGGCCACACACGACUGGUUGUCACUCCUACUCAACCACCUGGAUCUGGGCCAGCACAUACUCGCUGCCGCCAGCCGCGCCGCAGCCCUGGCGGCGGCCGCCGCGUCUGGCGGCGGCUUAAGCGGUGGCGGUUCUGCCUCCCUCCAAGGCGGCGAUGCGGCGGCGGCUGCGGGCGACCUGGGCAUGCUCACUUUGGCGUUGGCGGUUGCGCAGGCGCCUGACGGCGCCCGAGCGCUGUACGACAGGGGCAUUGUCGAUCAGCUCGUGGCGGCGGGACGCCACCUGCUGUCCGGCACCGGAGGCAGGCUGGCGGCGUUCUCCGUCAUUGCGGUGACGGGUACGGGGCCGUACAGGCCGGGCGUGGAUGGCACCUACGCGUCUACCGCAGGACGUUCGCGGUUCUUGGGCAGCGGGGGCCCGCUGCUGCCGGACACCUGCGAUGUGGUGCAGCCGCUGACACUGGCGGGUCUGGUGGAGUUGGAGGCUGCGUUGUUUUUGCUGGGGGAGCUGACCGCCUACCUGGGCGGCUGGCACAUGGUGCUGCCUGCCUCCUUGCUCAACUUCAGGACCGCCGUGUCGACUCUGCUGACAUGGCUGGCCCAGCCCACCUUGUCCAAGUCCUUCGGCGUUGACUGCCGGCCCCGCACCGCACGUGAGGCCGCACUAGCCGCCACACCAGCCGCCGGCAUACCCAACACGGACGGCUGGUUUCGAGCCUGCACAUUCGGUACCGCUGCAGGCGGCCAGGCGGCAGGCGCCACCGCCGCCGCCGCGGGCAGCAAUGGCGGCCUUACAGGUGGUAUCGGCUCACCCAUCGCCGGCGCCAUCCCCAGCCUCAGUAGUCUCGCUCGCGGCUUCUCGGAGGGAUUGCCGCCGGGCAUGUCGGUGCCGGUUACGCCGGUGGCUGGAGGCGGCCUCGCGUUUGGGGCCGCGGCAACUCCGGUCCGGGCCGCAAGCGGCCUUGGGACACCUGGCGGCAACGCCGCCGGUGCCGGUACGGCGGGUCCCGCCGCCACUCCAGGGGCGGCGGGCAGCGGUGGCGGUGGUGAUGCGGUGUGCAGCGAGUAUAGCGCCGAGAUGGCGGAGAAGUUGUACGUGUGCGCGCAGCACGCGCUGAUGUUCCUCGUUGCAUCGUCGCCGCAGCUGAGCCAGGGCGAGGCUGCAAGUCUCGGACCCGCCUGGCCUCGAACCCGCGACCUCUCCGCACUCCUUGAUCAGUGCAUGUGCGCCUCCGAGUCCCUGGCCCACGCUGCCAUCACCGCCGACACGCCAGGCGCCGCCACCUCAGCCGCGCGGCGCACUCGCCUCAUGCGUUUGUUGGCCCGCCGCCCGCGACUGGCUGGCAUCUUUGGAGCUCGAGAGGGGGCAGGGGAUGGCGACACCAAGCGGUGUGGGAGCUGGGGCUAG